UAAAUGUCACAGCAGACUGCGCUCCUUGUCCGAGUCAAAGACUAAGGGGCAAUGGGGAAGUGAGAACCUAGAAGGGUGGCAAGUGGGGCAUUCACGAGCAUGGAAGGCACGAGCGUCGCACGACACCAAUUGAGUCGCUUCAUUGUUCACAUUGUGAGACAAGGAGAUUGGAAGCAAAGCAAACUGUCAACAGAACAUCUCCGUUUCAACUAUAAUACAUAUCACCGCGCUGUGUACGAUGCUAGCCUUGUCUGGCGCGCUGCACCACACCGAGCGCAGUUUCCACAUACAGUCAUGUAUAUCCAUACCCAUAUCUAUCCAGUUACUUUUCCCCAGCGCCCGUCAAGAAAAUUAUCCGACGCCGUAAUCCGUCGCUGGUUGUACAGAUUCUGAUGGAAAGCUGCGUGAGCGUGUUCGUCGCCUUGAUGAUAUCAGGACGGAAAUAAAUAUCUUGCGUUGCU